AUGGCUACUGCAACUGGCCUUGACAAGCCUAACAUUGGUGUUUUCACCAACCCAAAGCACGACCUGUGGGUGGCUGAGUCCACGCCGACUCUCAAAGAAGUACAGAGUGGCGAGGGUCUCAAUCCUGGACAGGUAACGGUCGAAGUGCGCAGUACCGGAAUUUGCGGUUCUGACGUGCACUUCUGGCAUGCAGGAUGCAUUGGUCCCAUGAUCGUUACGGGAGACCAUAUUCUGGGUCACGAGUCGGCCGGAGACGUUAUUGCAGUCGCCCCAGAUGUCACUUCGCUUAAAGUUGGAGACCGGGUUGCGAUUGAGCCUAACAUUAUCUGCAAUGCCUGCGAACCCUGCCUUACUGGCCGCUACAACGGUUGUGAGAGAGUUGCAUUCCUUUCGACCCCGCCUGUGGAUGGCCUGCUGCGGCGCUAUGUCAACCAUCCCGCCGUCUGGUGCCACAAGAUUGGUGACAUGGGCUACGAGGAUGGUGCUAUGUUGGAGCCGCUGAGUGUAUCUCUGGCUGCAAUCGAGCGCAGCGGUCUCCGUCUUGGUGACCCUUGUUUAAUCACUGGUGCGGGACCCAUCGGUCUCAUCACUCUUCUCAGUGCCCGCGCUGCCGGCGCAACUCCCAUCGUCAUCACCGAUAUCGACGAAGGUCGCCUGAAGUUCGCGAAGGAACUUGUACCUGACGUCCGCACCUACAAGGUGCAGAUCGGUCUUUCUGCGGAAGAGAGUGCAGAGGGUAUUAUCAAUGCAUUCAACGACGGCCAGGGUGCUGGUCCCGACGCUUUGAGGCCUCGCCUUGCGCUGGAGUGCACUGGGGUUGAGAGCAGUGUCGCGUCAGCUAUUUGGAGUGUCAAGUUCGGCGGUAAAGUCUUCGUGAUCGGUGUCGGAAAGAAUGAGAUUAAAAUCCCAUUUAUGCGCCUGAGCACUCAGGAGAUUGACCUACAGUAUCAAUACCGGUACUCCAAUACCUGGCCUCGCGCUAUCCGUCUCGUUAAGAACGGCGUGAUCGACCUGAAGAAGCUGGUUACCCACCGCUAUGCACUUGAAGACGCACUGAAGGCUUUUGAGACGGCGUCAGACCCUAAGACAGGAGCGAUCAAGGUUCAAAUCAUGAGCUCAGCUGCUGAUGUUGAGGCUGCUUCCGCUGGUCAGAAGAUACAGGUCUCAUCGGUCCUAUGA